AUGAGUGAAGCCAAACAGCAGAAAGUGGAAGAGGUGCUACAUCUCAAGGAGGAGAUCACCAAACUACUCCAGAAUGUGCGUGACUCUCAGGCCGUUUGCGAGAAAUAUACACACGAAAAUGACUACCUUCAGGAUUACAUUGGUUCAGUCAUGAAAAGUUCAGAUAUGAACAACCAGCAACUAGAUUCAACUGUGGCUAUUCCUAAGUCGCUCAUAACUCUAGCCCUUCAUGCUUGGGUUCUUAUGAGCCGUGCUUUUGCGCCCAUCGAUCAUUCAAUGAUCUUGAACCAACCCAGUCCAAAAACGUCAACAUGCUGA